UCUCUGUCGCCCCCUAGCGGUCCACACAUUUUCAUGCAGUCUGCCUGAGGGAAGCAGGUCGGAUCACUUUGUCGUCUGUUUGCUGUGAAGUUCAUCUUAGCUCAGAAUCCUCACGUCAGGAGCUACGAUGGUCGAUGCAGAACCAGUUCCAUGUGCUGGGACACAGCCUCAUUCACAGGAUGGAGAUGGUCCUGGUUCUGGUCCUGGUCCUGGUCCUGGGAAAGGGAAAAAAAUUGCUGCCAUCAUUGGAGGAACAGUGGGUGCUGUGGGUGCCGUGGCCCUCGCUCCUGUGGCACUGACAGCCAUGGGUUUCACCUCGGCUGGAAUAGCUGCGGGCUCCAUGGCUGCAAGCAUGAUGUCCUCUGCUGCGAUCGCCAAUGGAGGAGGAGUGGCAGCAGGGAGUCUGGUGGCUGUUCUGCAGUCAGCAGGUGCAGCCGGCCUGACGAUGAGCGCCACAGCGGCAGUGGGCACCGCCGGAGCUGCUGUUGGCGGCGCUGCUACAGCCGCAGGGAUGUGGCUGAAGAGCCUGUUUCACAAGAAAGAAAAACAAGAUGACGACGAUGAUGAUGGUGAUGACGAUGAUGAUGAUCCAGAUGGAUCUGAAGGAGCUGUUCUGUAUAAAGUUGGAGAUGAACUGAUAUCGUUCCAAGCACCGCCAAACUAAUAAUGACCAUUUACUGCUGUCAUUAUCCCACUGUUACCUGGUAAACUGGUGCUACGCUCCUGUCUUGAAGCAUUAUUGUGUGAAUGCAGGUUUACAAAACAGAUAAUUCAAUUAAACAUCAAUCAAGUUGCACUUUCUUCAUCAAUCAAAUCUUAUUUUGAGCUAAUUAUAAAUUGUGUUCAUCUGGCGUUUAGAUGGCGGUGGGCGGCGACUUCUCUGCUCCUGCUGGUGUGCAUCCUUUUAGCAUUUUUAAUAACUGUAUGCUAUUUCUUUCGCUGUUUUGUUCUUCCCUACUUAUCCUGCUGGUAAUGAGAAACACGGCAUCUUACAUGUGGAAGCAAUGAAAUGACAAUAAAAACCUCAACCUUUCA